GUAUGGUUCCGGAACUAGUGUCUAUUAUUUUCUUCUAUUGCACAAAAUACGUUCAUCGUACGUAAAUAUCUCAAUUGCGAAAUUUCAUUCAUUCGUUUAACAGUUCGAUUCUUUGUGUCAUCCGCCGACAUCCACCUAACGAAAUGGCAGAUCAAGAAGAAACCACCAGCCCUGAUAUCUACGUUGAACCCAUUGUCAAACUCGAGCCAGUGGAUGUCAAAAGCAUGGAGGAGGAUGAAGAGGAACUAGUCAAAUUGAGGGCAAGGCUUUAUCGAUACGCCAAUGAGGAAAGUCCUGCAGAGUGGAAAGAGAGAGGAACGGGAGAGAUCAAACUAUUGAAGAAAAAAGAUGAUCCUGAUGGUCAUGUUAGGGUACUCAUGAGAAGGGAUAAGACAUUCAAGAUAUGUGCAAAUCAUUAUAUCCAGUCACAUAUGGUCCUGAAGCCAAACUGUGGCAGUGAUAAAGCCUUUGUUUGGAACACGCUAGCAGACUUUGCUGAUGAAGAACCUAAACAAGAGACCUUAGCUAUCCGCUUUGGCAAUGCAGAGAAUGCGAAGAAAUUCAAGGAGAAAUUUGAAGAAUGUCAAAAAGUGCUGAAAGAGGCUGCUGCAGCCAAACAGCUUGAACUACUUGAGAAGAUCGGAGGUUCUAUUAAUCAGCAAGCGGAAGCUGAAAGUCAGGAAGAAAAAUCCGAUGAGAAACCAGAGAAUGAGUCCAAGCAGGCUGAGAAGUCGGAGAAAGAUGCUGAUGAUGUAGCGGAGAAGCUUGGUGGAAUGACGGUGAAAGACGCUGAGAAGACAACAGAUGGAGAAGCACCUAGCAAGGAAACGGUGAAGGCAGAUGAAGAAACAAAGGGAGAGGAGAGUAAAAAGGAGACAACAAAAGAAGAUGAAGGUGGAAGCGGGGAUUCCAAAGAUGCCUCUUGAAACAGACUUUCUCCAUCUUCUAUUUAAAGGGGUGGUUUCAAUCCAGGGAUGGCUAUUUUUUAGUAACACCAAAAAUAUAAAAUUUCAUCAUCAGAGAGACUUUUGGAUGAUUUGAAGGGCAGUUUGGACGACCAUCGGAAAUAGUCGGGGAAAGUCUUAUUUAUAUCUACUCUCUGCCUAGGUGAAGGAGACAAUUGGGUUCCUAAGGAAAACAGAAUCUUGUUCCAUAUCGUCAUUUCAUCUGCUAAUGAUAUGAUACAUGUGAUUGACUUCUAAAAAACCCAACAAAUUAUUGGUUGUAGACGGAUACUUGUUCCAGGGUCUGCGGAGGUUAAAAUUCUAGCUAAUCCUACACCUUGUACUUAUGUGGUAAAACAAUUUUCCACUCUAAUGGUAUAUCUGUAUUAAUAAUUUUGUAAUCUCCCUAUGUGUUUUUCUUGGUCAUAUUCCACUUAUCAAAUUUAAUGGUUGCAAGAGAUUAUGUGGAAAGAGGCAAAUUAAAUCUGUCAUUUGUUUAUGAUUCCAGAAUCAUGUUACCAAUGUUUUAAGCCAAUGAGUAGCAAAUUCUGUAAUUCCCAUAUCCGUUCCAGUAGGUAAAUGAGUUUUAAACAUAGCAGUCUGAUUGACAGAAUAACUUGAGUGAGGCUAUGUAUCCAAUAGAGUAUAGAUGUGAGCUUUAUGAGUCAGUCAUUUCAACGAUUGUUAGGGUGACUUAUCAGUUGGUAUACUACCACUUGGUCUAAUUCUCUGUUCUUGACAUGGUCUAUACCAAUUUUGUCUACAACCUGUUCGUCUAUUAUCUAUUUCAUCUAAUUUCCACCAAGUCUAAUUUCCAUUUUUUUUAAUGACUAGUUUGGAUAAAAAUGAUUGGUAUAACAGGACACAAUAUUGUUGCCCUUGUAUGGAUGUGAAAUAAUGGAGAAAUCUCAGGGGCAUCAAAAAGAUUAUUUUGUAAAUAAGGAACUGUUAAAAUAACUCAAUAUUUGGGCUUAUUUUAAUUUAUAUUGAAGGAAAAUUGACUUUGUAAAUGGAUGAAAACGGUGGAUGCAGUAAUACAAGAAAUGGGUCGAAACUUCAGGAUAAUUUACAUUGGACAGAUUCUUGUAAAUUGGAGUAUUUUAAAUAGGUCAUGCUAGUCAUAUGUUUACCAAGAAUCAGUUUGGGUGGCUGUCUGAACAAGGCAAAUUGGAAAGAUCUUUGUACAAAAUCAUUUGAGAAUAUACCGUUUCAUAUACAGUCUACCUUUCAGAUUGUCUCUGAAUUUUACACAUUGUUUUCUUCUGAUAUAUUUUGCUUUUACAAUAAGUAUUCAAAUGUGGAGUUGUAAUUGUAACUGGAAAUCAUAAAUUCCUUUUAUAUAUAAGGCUUAGAGCCAGGACCAAUUAAAAUUAAAGAUGAGGUAUUCACUAGAUCUGCCAUGUGAUCUAGGUAUAGUAAAUGGAUUCUUUGCAUUUUACCUUAAGUGUAUGGAGUGCUGUGGAGUUUUCAUGGAUUAAACCCUUAUGUCAGAGUUGGCACCUCAUAGUACACAUUAAUCACAGAGCUGCUACAUAUAUUUAUUUAUGUUUGGACCAUGAGGAGCUCUUACCAUCUUUGCAAUGCUUGUAUGCCUGGUUCAGAAGCUUAGCAUGAUUAUGUACAUGCCUGACAGAAAUGAAAUUUCUUAAAAGAAUGAUUUCUUGUAAUACAAAUUGAAUUUCAAGCUUGAUUUCAUAAAUUAAUGGUCAUUCUUGGUAUUGUUAAUUACAAUUUGUUUUUAGGCUGUUUGGUCAUACUUUAAGUGAAUACAAUAUAAAAACAAGCCCCCCUGUCUUUUUAGGUUGUCAAAAUGACUCAGCCUUUUUAUUAUAUUAGGGUUGUGAGCGCAAGACCAUUGCUAGCUCAGCUUAUUGAGAUAAGUUCAUUAUAUUCUCACUUCAAUGACAAUUAUAGAUGGAGGUAUGUUAUAUUUCAGAUUUAGAGUCAAACCUCUUUCUUUCACAAGCCUUGUUGAUUGCAUUCAUCAAGAAGAGAUAAGAUUGCAAUUUGAAAAUGAGACUGAAAUCGUUUCCAUUUUAGAUCAUUGGCAUCCAUUUUGAAAGUACUACCGUUAAAAAUAAACAGUUUAUUUUGGUAAUUGAUGAAUGCUUAUUGUAAUUGUAUCCAAUUCUUUGGUGCAUUAUUAUUUUUUUAUAUAAGAUGUGAUUAUAGAGAGAUGUGAUUUAACCAUUCCAUGCAUGCAAAUAUUAUUAAACAUUAACACUGUUUAUAUAACCCCCCCCCCCUCCAGCCCACUUGACCUCAAAAAUGUCGUUUGAGACAGUCAAUUUGUGUAGAACUUACUAUUUAUUGAAACUUCCACUGACACUUUGAUUUUGAUUGUCUGUUACCAUGGUAGUUGCCAUCAAUAGUAAGUUCAGUGCAAUCAGAUUUUUGCUUUGAAGCAGAAAUUCUACGUAUUAAUUUCUAACAAGAUAAAUCUAAAUGAAUGCUGCUGCUGUGCUAUGUUUGAUUAGGAUUUAAUGAGAUUUACAUGCCAUUGAAGAAAAGUCAGCAUUUUCCCAUUACUUGUUGGAUAUUUUGUAAUUUUCUCGAUACUUAUUUUUUUUCAGGUCAAGAUUAAUUUGCUGCAAAUUAAGUCAUUUGUAAUGUGUGUGUUAAUUUAUUAUUACUUUUAAAUUUUAGUCGCCCGUAAAAGAGUUAUGCGAAAAUGUUUUUGUAUGCUGGUAUAUCAUAUUACACCACACAGGAUUGUAUUAAAAUGUUCAAUAAAUAGCA